ACUGAAGAUCUAUCUUUUUUUGUCGUAAAUAUUUCUUUUCUAUUGCGGCACAUUCUGAUUAUUAUAGCAUUCUGAUUCUGAUAUCAGUAGCUGUCAGCGAUGUAAUUAACACUUAUCUAAUAUCUUAUCGUAAUUAUUAAAAAUAUAAUAUUGUUCACAAUGGUUUCCGAUUUACACGAUUGCAUUCUAACAUUCUCUUAUACCUCUGUCAUAUUGUUGCAUCAAUAUAUAAUUUAUUGUUAAUAGUAUAAAUAUAUAUACGUACAUCAAUUCCAUGACAAAUUAGACUCCCGUUCAGAAAAUUACAGACAAAUUUCUGGACCGUUCAAUUUUGAGGAAUGUUUUGCUUGUGAAAAGCAUUACGUAUAUAUUAGUAUGUUCCAAUUAAAUAUACUUUAUGUUCGAAAUCUUAGUAAAUAUGUACACGUGAUUUAAGAAACGGAAAAGAAAAGAAAGAAAGAUGUCAAAUGGUGUAAUUUAGUUUCGUAAUAGUCUUCGAUAUCAUUAGAUAAAACUCGUGCUGUAUAUACAAACAUAAAAUUUGACCGAAAAAAGUGAAACAUUCUGUAUAUUAAUCAAUAAGAAGUGUUAGUAGCCGAGAUUGAAUGUAAAUACUUUUGUGAAACGCGGACGGUUAUAGUUGCGAUGUUAGAUCGGUAAUGUUUCUUGCAUCUAUGCGAUGUGUCAACGUGGCAAAGGUCUAUUCUAAUUGCAGAACCAGGAAAUCAAAAUGCGAAGGAAAUCGACUCUACCUCUUUUCAACGCAUUACUUCAAAGUUAUUUUUGGAUAAUGGUUGUAGCCAGUGAUAAACUUCGUGUGGCCUAUCAAUGGAAACAGCUUGAGUAUGAAUGGCCAAGUAACGAUACCGAGCUUUUAUUCCCAGAAUACAAGCAGGAAGAUAAUCUUCCCCUUGGCCUUGAGAUUACAAAUACUAGGAUCUUCGUUACUGUGCCAAGAUGGAGACGUGGUGUAGUUGCUAGUUUGAAUUACUUUUAUAUUAACGAUACACGCGAGUCUCCUAGUUUAAUCCCGUAUCCUUCUUGGGAGGCUCAUCAAUAUCGAGCUGGAAACGUCCCAGAGAUCAUUUCAACGUUUCGAAUUCGUGCAGAUCGCUGCGAAAGACUAUGGGUUCUUGAUACAGGAUUUACUGAUAUUUUGGAUAGUCCAGAACAGCAAGCUCCACCAGCAUUACUCAUUUACAACUUAACAGACGAUCGUUUACUCCGAAAAUUCAUUAUUCCGGAAGAUCAAAAAACACCUGACUCUCUUUUUGCGAAUAUCGCCGUCGAAGAUUAUUCUUGCGAAGAUACUUUUGCUUAUCUGGCUGACUUGGGUGGUCCUGGACUGGUAGUUUAUUCGUGGAAGUCGGAAAAUUCGUGGCUUCUUAAACAUCAUUUCUUUCAACCAGAUUCUCAAGCUGAAGAAUUCAAUGUAUCGGGAAUUUCGUUCCAAUGGACCGAUGGUCUCUUCGGUAUGGGUCUUGCGCCAACUAACGAUGGCUAUAGUGUAAUGUAUUUCCAUCCACUUUCUAGCACCAUGGAAUUUUCAGUUAGUACUAAGUUACUAAGAGAUCCUGAACGUGCCACUUCUCCAGACAACUUCCAUGAAUUUCGUGCCCUAGGAUCUCGCGGACAUAAUGGCCAAAGUAGCGUGAGCUUUUUAGAUCCAGACACCGGAGUUCUGUUUUAUGCAUUAGCUGUUUUGAAUGCUAUUGCGUGCUGGAAACCUCAAAAUACGUUCACAAUCGAGCAACAAGGUUUUAUUUAUGUAGAUAACGUCACAAUGGUUUUUCCCAAUGAUUUAAAGAUUGAUCGAAAUGGGAAUAUUUGGAUACUGUCGGAUCGUUUGCCUACUUUUAUGUACUCUCGCCUGGAUCCUGAAGAUUAUAAUUUUAGAAUCGUUACGGGUUCGGUUAAAGAGGCUAUAAAAGGAACUGUUUGCUCGAUGAAUCCAUCUUCAACUACAAACAAUCCGCACGAUUCUACGACAGAAGCGCACACCGUUUAUCCUAAACAUCCAAAAAUGGCCGAGAAUUCCGGUUACGUUCACAAUUCUGAAUUGACUUCUAUAUCGAUUAUCGUUAUAACAAUUUUUGUGAGAAUAUUUAUCUGAGAAUAUAAUUGUAUCAUUUUUAAUAACUGUAACAAUUUAUGGAGCAUUUCUCGAAAUACCGAGAAUUCGAAUUUCAAAGAAUAUCGAUACCUAUAUACGAACAGGAAGAGAUUGAAACGAGAUGCUUAGGUAACGGGUUAAGUAAUAAAUAAAUGAAUGUUAUGCUUGGUUUUCUGCGUAUUAUGAUAUAAUCGAUUUCUGCAAAUGUCGUAUAUGAGUGAGUUUCUUGUAUAAUAUAUGUACCUUAAUGUAACGUUUCGUAUGCAUUCUUGCAGAAAGAGCUAUUUUAUUUAUAAUUUACGCAUCAUCUUGAAUUUUGAAAUUUUGAUAUUUCCUAUUAUUACUUAAAUAACUUAUCUACAACAUACAAGUUUUUCCUUAUUAUAUUUGAAUUGCAUAUAAAUAUUUUUGGAAGUCUUGAUUGUAGUACUUAAAAAAUGAAGUUUAUAAAAUACACGACUGAUCACAUAGUAUUAUUAGUUAUAUUAUCUAUGUUCUCAGAAAUAAUUAGAAAUUAGAAAUAAUAAGAAAACCCAUGGACGGAGCAUUAUUAUACCAUAUUUUACAACUACCGGAAACAAAAAAAUGUUAUGUGAACCGCUGCUGUUUUAUGGAGUUACUAAACUAUAUCGUCAAAAGUUCAUGUAGAAAUUUGUUAUAAAUGGAGCUAACAGACGUUCGAAAAGCGUUUAUGUGCUUCGUUCUAUGCAAUCUGUUAUGCGUAGUUGAAAAGAUUCGGAUAUAUAUUUUGUAAAAUUCGAUAUUUAACAAUGUUUAUGCUGAUAAAAAUAGAAAAUUUUAAGAAA